CUCUCAUUGAAAGAUGUUCAGAAUCGACAUUAUCCAUCCAUGGAAUGAUAAUGCGUAGCAUGCACCAACUCUUACCCUUGUACUGAAACUGCUACAUUCUGUUUCUAGAGCAUUCAUCUUAUGUGAUGGUACUGCGACCAAGUCCAGAAGUCCUCGCCGGUUCGUCGGUCUCUAAUUCCGGCUGAAAAAUGUCUUGGGCCUUGCUCUCUGCUUCAGAUAAAUAUCUUACAGCCAAUUUUGGAACCCUGUUGCUCGCAGUGAACGCGCAGAGCGAGGCGCGUCAAUUCCAAAAUUUGGGCAAGAGUAUUCCGGCCCUCCGCAAAAGGAAUGGGAAUCAUCACGGCGCCCCGGAGCUGAUGGCUUUACGUGACGGCUCCAUCAAGGCUUCCCCAUUCGUAGCCUGCACAUCAAUUUUGUACCGGAGGCCUCAAAGCGCGGGAUGGCUCGCCUGAUAGCUAGAAGCCUGUAGGCAAGAUCUCACUUUCUUAUAUCAACACUCGGUGCAGCGCUCUCGAUGUGAGUUUAUUUCGCGAAUCGCAACGGACCGGGCAUGUGUACCAGUGUGCCAGCACGAGAUCCUGAAGGUAAGCAGGAUGUGAUCCAAUGGAUCGGAGCUUUUGAGGAGACCCGUAGCAUGAUAUUUGAAAGACCACCGUGGCCAACGCGCAUUCGUUACUUCGCCAUCAUGUCCUAUCUACUUAGCAGAAAGUAAGGGCACUUUCUGGUGCAGAGCCA